GUCGCACACACACACCAAAAGCCUCUGGCUUCAGUACACGUUGGAUCUCGUUUAAAAAUGCAACUCUCAACUCUCGCUGGUAUCAUCUUCCUGGCCGCUUCCAGCGUCACCGCCCAGCAAUUGAGCGUCACUCUUUGGAACUUUCCCAAUUUCAAAGAUGGGGAGGGUGUCGGCACCGCCGGAAAUCCGCUCACCGUUAACAUCGGCGAAGAAACAUACAUUGGUGCCGCCAACGCGAACCUAGUCGACAGGUAAGAAAAUUUGCCACCAAUUCUAGGGGAAUGUCUCCGACAAAUAGCCAUACUGAACGAUAUAGUGCCAAGAUCCCACCAGGAUAUGUCUGCCUUUUCUUCGGCGGACACGAGAACGGAAAAUGCAUUGAGGGCAAGGACGAGUUCCAGUGCAUUGAGGGUGAUAAGUGAGUUUUCCCACGAAAACCUUCUGCUCUUUCAUCAUAGAGAAGCAGUUCUAAUUUAACCCAGUCCGGUUCUCGACUUUUCCGACACCUUCGAGUGCAUCCGCUGCUACGGUCCCGGUGCUGCUUGCCCAAAAUAAGUCAACCCGAUUGCAAAGAACCUCUAAUAGAAUAAAGUCAGUUAAACGGUUAAAUUUUAAUGCUGGUGAGAUGAACGGAAAGUUCGGGGAGCACUUUCGAAAUUUUUGGGGAAAAAAAACAAUUGUAGAAUCCGGGGUGGGGGUUUCGAGAUCUCUGUCCAGUCAUCCUUCUUGUAUAUAUUGAUGUUUUUUAUGCGAAAAUUGUACAACUUUACCAACCCAACAAAAUUAGGCUUCUCCACAUGAGAAUCUAAGACUUGUGGGGCAUUCA